GUUACAUCAAUCAAAACAAAAGCAGUACAAAAUAGUUAAACAGCAUGAACAAAAGAUAGGUGUGGAGUGAAAUCCCUUGGAUUUAUGCCUUCUCAAGAAUCGACGCGGGGCUAGUUUUAGGGAUGUCCAAACGGAUAUUAAGCAUAAGCCUAAUAUCGUUUCCGUUGUUGCAAAAAGCCCCGAUCACUCCAUUUCUACAGGCACAUUUAGGUCAGAGAUUUCGGACUUCUUUAAGGAGUUUAUGCGAUUGCAAAAAACCGGCGAAAAUGGAACUGCCGGAGGGAGUUCUAAUGGGCUUUGGCAAUCCCCUGCUGGACAUCACCUGCACCGUCGAGGAUAACGUGAUCCUGGAGAGGUACGGCCUGGAAGCCAAUGCAGCGAUCAUAGCCGAGGAGAAGCACGACGCCCUGUUCGACGAACUGAUGAACAUGGAGAACGUCAUCUACUCGGCGGGCGGAGCCUGUCAGAACUCGAUGCGGAUCUUCCAGUGGAUCGUGCAGACUCCAUUCCGAGCCGUCUUCAGCGGCUGCGUGGGCAAGGAUAAACUGGGCGACCGCAUCGAAAAGAGAGCCAGAGCCGAUGGCCUGCUAGCACUUUACCAGGUGAAGGAGGAACUGCCAACGGGCUCUUGUGCGGUAAUCAUUAACGGCCAGAACCGCUCCUUGGUGGCCAACUUGGGUGCGGCCUCCCUCUUCACAGAGGAUUGGAUAGAUGACGAGGAGAACACCUGCGCCCUGGAACGCGCCAAGUACUUCUACUUCACGGGCUUUUUCCUGGCCGUCUGCGGUCCUGUUGUGGAACGAGUGGCGAUAAUGUGCUGCGAGUCCAAACGAAUUGCGAUCCUCAACUUCAGCGCUGUGUUCGUGCUCCAGAUGCACCGCGACGCAGUGGCCAAUCUUAUCCAGUAUGUGGACAUCAUAAUCUGCAACAAGGAAGAGGCCAUCGCAUUUGCGGACUCCAACGAUUGGAAGACGAAGAACAUCUUCGAAAUUGGCUCUCGGCUGCAGAAAAUGCCCAAAGGGAACGUCCGCCCGCGCCUCGUAAUGAUCACGGAUGCCGUAUGUCCGGUGCUCGUCUUUCAGGACAACGACCGCGUUCUGGAGUACCCCGUUCCCAAGGUGACCAGGGGCCCGGUUUUCGACACCAACGGUUGCGGCGACGCCUUCGUCGGUGGAUUCCUGGCCAUGUUCGUCCAGAGGAUGCCCUUAGACUAUUGCAUCCGUACCGGGAUAUUCGCCUCGCAGCAGAUUCUAAAUGUGGUUGGGGUCCAGAUCGGACAACUGCCGAAGUUUAGCGAAAAGUGCAUAUAAAUCGGGAUUCUUUGUAGCCUUACUAUCUAAUCAUGCAAGAAAUUCCAUCAAGACCCCAAAUAAAUUUUAAAGUCUA